AUGGCUUGCGUUUGCCACAGUGUGCCGUGUACCUGCGGGGGCAGCUCCGGUGAGUCUGAAGAUGAGCUCCUAGGGACAGGGCCAGCUCAAACUGAUGGUUCCUCAGACGAGUACAUUACAUCCCAGGAGAAACUGAUGAUUCACAUCCCAGAGGAAGACAUCUCAGAGGAGGGUACCUCAGAGGAGGGCACCUCAGAAGAGAACAUCUCAGAAGAGGGCAUGGAGGUGAGGACAUGGAAGAUGAUUUGGAAGAAAUACCUUCGGACGAACAGAUUGCAGGAUACCGAAGAAGAGGAGCUGAACUUCAAAGGUGGAUAG